AUGGUAUUCCCAAAAGACAAAGUUGAUUACUCCCUUUAUUUAGUCACAGACUCUGGUAUGCAACCAGAAGGCACAACUUUAUACUCACAAGUUGAAGCUGGUUUACAAAACGGUGUAACUCUUGUUCAAAUACGUGAAAAAGAUUGUGAGACUAUAGAUUUCAUUAAAGAAGGUAUCGCUAUUAGAAAAUUAUGCACUAAAUACAAUGUUCCAUUAAUUAUCAACGACCGUAUUGAUGUUGCAUUGGCCAUUGAUGCAGAUGGUGUUCAUGUUGGCCAAGAAGAUAUGCCAAUUCCACUUGUAAGAAAAAUUGUGGGACCAGAUAGAAUCAUCGGUUGGAGUGUAGGUAAAGCUGAAGAAGUUAAACAAUUGGCGGAAUGGGGUCCAGAUUAUGUUGAUUACAUUGGUGUCGGUACAAUUUUCCCUACAUUAACCAAGAAGAAUCCAAAGAAGUCUCCUAUGGGACCACAAGGUGCCAUUAAAGUCUUAGAUGCUUUAGAAACUUACAACGCUACCUGGUGUAAAACUGUAGCAAUCGGUGGUUUACAUCCAAAUAAUAUUCCAAGAGUUCUUUAUCAAUGUGUAUCAUCUAAUGGUAAAAGAGCUUUAGAUGGUAUUUCAUUAGUGAGUGAUAUUAUGGCUUCCAAGAAUGCUGCUGGUAGUGCAAAAAUCUUACGUGAUCUAAUUAAUGGAACAUCAUUUAAAUACGUCCCAAACUCUUUAGUUUCAACUAAAAACUUACCAACUACCAAUGAUAUGGCUGACAUUAUUAAGACCGUAAGUAAGAAUCGUCCAUUAGUGCAGCAUAUUACAAACAAAGUUCAUUAUAAUUUCGGUGCAAAUGUUACUUUAGCUCUAAAUUCUUCACCAAUUAUGUCAGAAAUUGAAUCUGAGGUUGGCGAGCUUUCUCUAAUUCCAUAUGCUACACUAUUAUUAAAUACUGGUACAAUUGCUCCAAUAGAUACUGUUAAGAGUGCUUUAAGAGCAUACAAUGACGCAAAGAGACCUAUUGUAUUUGAUCCAGUUGGUUAUAGCUCUACUACUACAAGAUUGGUCUUAAAUGAUACUUGUCUAUCUUUUGGCCAAUAUGCCUGUGUUAAGGGUAACUCAAGUGAAAUUCUAUCACUAGCAAACUUAUCGACAGAAAAGAUGAAAGGAGUAGAUGCUUCAAGUGACAAUAUGGACCUAUCAUUAUUAAUUAAAGCGACAAAGGCAGUAGCUUUCCAAUUCAAAACUGUAGUAGUAUGUACUGGUGAAACUGAUGUUAUUGCUGAUGGUACUAAUUCAGGUGAUUACCAGUUAUCUAAAGGAACAGGUAAUAUACCAGAUGAUUUAAUGUGUGUUACUGUUAACGGCGGUCCAAUCCCAAUUAUGGGGGAUAUAACUGCCAGCGGUUGUUCUCUUGGCUCUACAAUUGCCAGUUUAGUUGGUGGUUCCGAUACACAUAGUCUUUUCUACUCUGUCAUUACUGCAGUAGCUCUUUAUAAAGCUGCAGGUAAACUAGCAUCAACUCGCUGCAAAGGCAGUGGCUCUUUCCAUGUGGAAUUGAUUGAUGCUUUGUAUGAAUUAUCCCAUAAUGUAGAUCCAACUAAAUGGGAUGUUAAGAUUUCCGCUUCAAAGUAG